AUGAGUUUUCUGAACGGUGCUUCACCGCGCCGGAGUCCAGCGGAGAAUGUUGAUAUUGAAGCUGGUCCGUUGUCUCGCCGCUCUUCGGAUAUUGAUGACGACGGUGAUCUUUCCGAUCCGUUUGAUAUUGCUAGAACAAAGCAUGCUUCUAUUAAUCGACUGAGACGCUGGAGACAAGCGGCGCUUGUGCUAAAUGCUUCCCGUCGAUUUCGUUAUACCUUGGACUUGAAGAAAGAAGAAGAGAAGAAACAAAUACUGAGAAAGAUUAGAGCGCACGCACAAGCCAUUAGAGCAGCAUAUCUUUUCAAAGCAGCUGGGGGGCAGGGACAAGGACAAGAGCAAGGACAAGAGCAAGUGAGUGAAACUACAAAGCCUCUUCAAACCUCUACCGGUGAAUUUGCAAUUGGACCAGAGCAACUCGCCUCCAUUUCAAGGGAGCACGAUAUUGCCUCAUUGCAGCAAUAUGGAGGGGUUGCAGGGGUAUCAAAUUUAUUGAAAACUGAUUUAGAGAAGGGAGUUGAUGGUGAUGAUGCCGACUUACUAAGACGGAGGAAUGCAUUUGGUUCCAACAAUUACCCUCGAAAGAAAGGAAGAAGUUUUCUGAUGUUUAUGUGGGAUGCUUGCAAGGAUCUGACCUUGGUUAUUUUAAUGGUAGCUGCAGCAGCUUCAUUGGCACUGGGGAUAAAAUCUGAGGGUAUUAAGGAAGGAUGGUAUGAUGGGGGAAGCAUUGCUUUCGCAGUUAUUCUUGUUAUUGUUGUUACAGCUGUAAGUGAUUAUAAGCAGUCUCUUCAGUUUCGAGACCUAAAUGAAGAGAAGAGAAAUAUACACUUGGAGGUUGUUAGAGGUGGUAGAAGGGUUGAGAUCUCAAUAUAUGAUCUUGUUGUUGGGGAUGUUAUUCCUCUUAAUAUUGGUAACCAGGUCCCUGCUGAUGGAAUUGUGAUCAGUGGUCACUCUCUUUCCAUUGAUGAAUCGAGCAUGACGGGGGAGAGCAAAAUUGCCCACAAGGAUUCUAAGAAUCCCUUUCUGAUGUCUGGCUGUAAGGUUGCAGAUGGCAGUGGUACUAUGCUGGUAACGGGUGUUGGAAUUAACACUGAAUGGGGCCUUCUAAUGGCUAGCAUUUCAGAAGAUACUGGUGAAGAAACACCUCUGCAGGUCCGCUUGAAUGGCGUAGCCACCUUCAUUGGUAUUGUUGGACUCACUGUUGCUGUUAUUGUCCUGAUUGUGCUACUGGCCAGAUAUUUCUCUGGGCAUUCGAAGAAUAGUGAUGGGACAAAACAGUUUACAGCUGGCAGGACCUCAGCUAGUGAUGCUGUUGAUGGAGCAAUUAAGAUAAUAACUGUUGCGGUCACCAUUGUAGUUGUUGCAGUGCCUGAGGGGCUCCCACUUGCAGUCACUUUAACUCUGGCCUACUCAAUGCGGAAAAUGAUGGCAGAUAAAGCUUUGGUGAGGAGGCUUUCUGCCUGUGAAACAAUGGGCUCUGCUACAACCAUAUGCAGCGAUAAGACCGGCACAUUGACUAUGAAUCAGAUGACUGUGGUUGAGGUUUAUGCUGGGGGCAGUAAGAUUGAUCCACCUCACCAGUUGGAGAGUUCUCCUAAGCUACGCGCUCUACUCAUUGAAGGUGUUGCGCAGAACACUAAUGGCAGCGUUUUUGUCCCUGAGGGUGCUAAUGAUGUUGAGGUUUCUGGAUCGCCAACAGAAAAAGCAAUUUUACAUUGGGCACUAAAGGUUGGGAUGAAUUUCGUGAAUGCUCGGUCAGAAUCAUCAAUUCUUCAUGUCUUUCCUUUCAACUCGGAGAAAAAGAGAGGCGGAGUUGCAAUACAGACGGCUGACUCUGUUCAUAUACAUUGGAAAGGUGCUGCUGAGAUUGUUCUAGCCUGCUGUACAGGGUAUAUUGAUAGAAAUGACCAGCUGGUGGAAAUAGAUGAAGAAAAGGUUUGA